AUGGAGCACGAGCACGCGGCGAGUUUGACGGCUCGCGCUGUGAAGAAGGCGCUGCCGGAUCGCGCCAUAUUGACCAAGGAUGCUCGACAGACACUAAACUCUGCAGUCAGCAUGUUUACGUUGUAUCUUUCCUCCAUAGCGCAUGAGACGUCAGUGGCUAACAAGCGCAGUACCAUCACGUUGAAGGACGUGCUGCAGACUUUGCGAGACGCAGACUUCGAGCACUUCAUCGAGCCUAUUGAGGCGUGUCUACAAGAGACAAAGGCUGCUGCAAGUCGGAAGAAGGACCAAAAGCUUGCGGCUGCGAAGGAAGGAGAGACUACGAACGAAGUGGCAGAGCAGCUGGAUGAAGUGACCAUUGACACGAACGAGGAGGACGGCGACGAAGAUGAAGGCAUGAUGUCCGUGGAAGAGCCGUCGGAUGCAGAGAACAGCGGCGAUGCACAUGAAGACACAGAGGAGAAGGAAUCGGCUGAUGCUACGAUGCAGGAUGAAGGCAAAACAGAACAGAAACCCGAUGACCAGACGAGAGAAAAGAAGACAGAGGACGAAGACGACUCUGUAGAGGCGAUGAUACAAUCAUAA